AUGUCCUUCCCUCUCCGUUCUGCAGGAGUACCAACACAACCACUGUCGGAGGCGCUGACGGAUGCGGGGAGGUUCGCUUACUGCGGGUUGGUGACGUCGGCGUUGUGUCACCUGUUCACCGACACUACCCCCGACACCGACAACUCUGCCGACACCGACUUCGCCCUCACCACCCUCGCCAGGCUGACUCGGCACCUGGGUCUACCGCAGCAGGUGCGGGAGGUGAUGGAAGUGACGGCCCGGGGGGAGGUAGAGCCCAGCCCCAGCAGCAGUUAUGUGGCCAUCCUGAAGGAGGAGCCGCCUCUCGCCCGCUCCCGCGUCCCCGUCGUUCAGGACCUCGUCAUGUUCGCCGUCCAGGGAGGGAUUCAGGCAGGUUGCUACGACGCCAGGAUCCGGGUACUGAUCACCCACGUCACCUGCCUCCUGCACGUGAGCGUCGACCUGCUGGAGAUGUACGAGGAGUCAGUGCUGGAGUACCUCACCAUGGAGCAGAACCCUGUUACUGAGGAGGAAGAACGGGAAACGGCCAAACGUGACCGCUACAAGAAGAUCAAGCGCUACACAGCCAUAGGUUUAGCCACCCUUGGUGGAGGAGCUGUCCUGGGCCUCACAGGCGGACUGGCAGCCCCGUUUAUUGGUGCUGGUCUUUCAAGCUUUAUUGGGGCAGGUGGAAUGGCAGCUCUGUCUUCAACUGCAGGCGUGGCUGUGGUAGGAUCCAUGUUUGGUGCAGCAGGUGCAGGCCUUACAGGAUUUAAAAUGCAAAAGCGCAUUGGAGACAUAGAAGAAUUUGCCUUCGAUUACCUGACUGAUGGAAGUCACCUACAUAUUACUAUUGCUAUUUCUGGUUGGCUUACAAAAGAAGGAACAGAGGAAUUCAGUAAACCUUGGAAGAUUUUAUACCAUUCCCGAGAGCAGUACUGUUUACGAUAUGAGUCCCAGUACCUGCUGGAACUUGGACAGGCCAUGGACUACCUCCUCCAGUUUGCACUUUCCAUGGCUGUUCAGGAGACACUCAAAUAUACCAUCCUAGCAGGUAUCAUCUCUGCAAUCACAUGGCCAACAUCACUUCUUACCCUGGCAUCUGUGAUUGACAACCCCUGGGGUGUGUGUUGCCGAAGAUCAGCUGAGGUGGGUAAGCAGCUGGCCGAGGUGCUUUAUCAGCGACAACAUGGCAAGAGACCAGUGACACUCAUAGGAUUUUCACUUGGAGCACGAGUAAUCUAUUACUGUCUUCAGGAGCUUAGCCGUCGUAAAGGUACUGCAGGUAUAAUUCAAGAUGCCAUACUCCUUGGUGCUCCAGUGCCUGGAAAUCCCAAAGAAUGGCAGAAAUUUAGAAAUAUUGUGUCGGGACGAAUCAUCAAUGGAUACUGUCAGGGAGAUUGGCUUCUACGCUUCCUCUACCGCUCAUCAUCAGGAACUAUACGUAUUGCAGGACUGAUCCCAAUUGAUUGGCAAGAUCGAAGAAUGUUUAACUUUGAUUUGUCUGAUAUUGUCACUGGUCACAUGGACUAUGCCAAAAAAAUGGGCACCAUUCUUCGAUUGUUAGGAAUUCGAACACGAGAUCCCAUCAACGAGCUAGACCCGAGAGUAAAGAAGAGUGCUUCAGAUUAUCCUGGCUUUAUGUCAAUGCAUGGCAAAAUGGAUGCAUCAUGUCUUCGAGCAUCUGCCUCAGACAGUACUCUGCUGUGUGGACGAAAUGCUCCCCUUGCCCGAUCCUUCUCAUCAGAUGACUUGCACAUGUCAAGAACUUCUUCAUCAUAUGAUCAGCAAGAUAGUACACAGCCACAAGAUGCUCAUAGGCACAGAACCCUCUCAUCAUAUGAUCUUGCUAGUAAAAAAUGUGUCCCGUUUGGGGACAUUGGAUCUCAAGGUUCUAUUUCUGAGGACUCCACUAAAUCCUUGUCAUCAAGCGAUCAACAGGUCAAUCAAGCUGGAAUUACUAGCAACCAAGAAAAACAUGAUAUUAAGAAAAAAACCUCCAAACCAUUUUUUGGGGAUCUUCUGUCUAGGAAGCCCAGCCCAGCUGUUGGGAAAGACCAUCAAACACUUGCUCAAGAUAAGUUCAAACGUAGAACUGUCUCAUCUAGUAAUCUUUUCCCCACCAGACCUGGGCCAUCUGGGAGGAGAGAAUUUCAUCGAUCGAAUUCUCAAGAACAGUCCAAACAAUCAUUUUUCCAAAUAUUUUCUAGAAAACAAGAACCCAUUGAUGAAGCAUAAUAUUUCAACUUCCAAAUUUUGGUACUACAAAUAAAAUUGUCUUUUGGUCAUACUAUGCAAAAUUAUUUUCAAUUAAUGAAAUUAUUAGUUUCAGUGUUUUUAUUUUCUGUUCUCUGAUCAUAGAAUAUAAAUCAUCAGUUGAUGAAAAACAAAAUGUUUGGUAUAAGAAAAUUAUGUACAGUAUAUUGUUGUCAAACACAAACUAGUAAAAAAAAAAAAAAGAAGAAAAGAUAAAGUUUGUUAAUUCUCAUAUUCUACCUGUAAAGCAGAGUUUGUUACACAAUGUGUGUGUGUGUGUGUGUGCAUGCAUGCGUGCAUGUGUGCACAUGCCUAUAUAUAUACACAUACACA